GAGCGCUAGUGCGCAUGCGCACGCAAGUUUCAAGCUUUGUUUAGCAAGUGACGAUCAAAAUAGCGCAGUAUACGACUCUGAACCUGAGGCUGUUUCUGACAGUUUUCGAAUCUAAUUUAGUACACUUUUGUACGCUUGGUGACAUGCUUUUGAACAAAGUGUUAACAUAAUACGAUCAAGAUGACAGUGACUUUGUUUUUAUUAACAAGCAGGUAGCGAAUGCCGAUCAUGACCGAAGUGUCAGCUUGUUUGGGUGCAAAGCAGCGGAUGGGAAGCGAUACACGGGUCCAGUUGUCCUGUGCUGGGCGCACACACAGAUCCCUCACACCCCGACCUCUCACCUGUAGAUUUACUGAGCAGAUUUAAAGUCUACACGCGAUGGAAAGCGUUGGAAAGUUCGAGUUCAGCAGGAAGGACUUGAUAGGACACGGCGCUUUUGCUGUGGUGUUCAAAGGAAGACAUAAACAGAAACAUGAUUUUGAAGUGGCGGUGAAAUGCAUUAACAAGAAAAACCUCGCCAAAUCACAGUCGCUCCUGGGAAAAGAAAUCCGGAUAUUAAAGGAGCUGAAACAUGAGAACAUUGUCAGUUUACUGGACUUUCAGGAGAUAUCGGGAUGUGUCUAUCUUGUCAUGGAGUACUGCAAUGGAGGAGACCUGGCUGAGUAUUUACACUCUAAAGGCUCUCUGAGCGAGGACACGAUCCGUGUGUUGCUGCAGCAGUUAGCGGGAGCCAUGAGUGUUUUAAGGAGUAAAGGCAUCGUCCAUCGUGACCUGAAGCCCCAAAACAUUCUCCUUUCGUACAGCACUGGGCGCAUGUCCAACCCCAACAACAUCUGCAUCAAACUGGCUGAUUUUGGCUUUGCACGGUAUCUGCAGGGAAACACGAUGGCUGCUACACUCUGUGGCUCUCCAAUGUACAUGGCUCCUGAGGUUAUCAUGUCACAGAAUUAUGAUGCCAAAGCUGACCUGUGGAGUGUAGGGACCAUCAUCUACCAGUGCUUGACCGGCAAAGCCCCAUUUCAGGCGAAUACUCCUCAGGAACUGCGGCAGUUCUAUGAAAGGAACCGGAGCCUGAGUCCCAGGAUUCCACGAGAAACCUCCAGUCACCUCAGGCACCUUCUCCUUGGGUUGCUGCAGAGGAACCAUGGGGAGCGCAUGGACUUCGAUGAAUUUUUCCACCAUCCUUUCCUGGAGGCUAGUACAUCCAUGAAGAAAUCCUCUCCAGUGCCCAUGCCCGCCUAUCCCAGCUCUGCCUCUGGGAGCUCCAGCAGCGGUUCCUCAAACUCUCGCCUCACUCCUACUCAGUCUGAAACUGAAGCUCCGAGGCCCCUCCCUCAAACGAACCCCACACCAUCUCCAGGUUCCCUGCUGAAAGACUCAUCAUCCUCAGACUCUGAUGACUUUGUAAUGGUGCCGGCUCAGUUCACCAGUGAACUAGUCAGUGCAGGAGGGCAGGACAGUCUGAUGCACAGCGGAAGCUUACUGAUGGCUGUGGGUCGGACGCCAUCAUCCUCCCCAUCUGUCAGAGCCUCCCCAAGCCCUUCCAGGCCUCUGGAGUCGUGUGCCAGUAGUUACGCUCAGUCCAUGCCUGUUCCAGUGCCGACACAAAAACACAACUACCAGAGGAUGGAGCAGAAUCUACAAGUGUCUGACAGGACAGAACCACCUGUACAACACUGCUGCUCAAACUGGGUUCCAACAUGUGGGAGAAUCAGGGCUUCCUCAGAAUCAGGAGGAUCCAGACCAUAUCUACCCUCCCCACAGGUGGGAAAUGUUCCGGAAACACCCAAUCAGCCUGAACCUGUUGGCAGCAGGACAGGGUUGCAUACCGCAGAUGUGUAUAAACAGCCCGGUCAGGUCUCUCCUCUCUUCACUGACAUCACAGCCAUGGACAAAAACCAAACCCACAGACUUCGAGGUCAUCGGCACAAUCCAGAAUCGGUUGUGCACAGAUGGGAUUUGGGUCGGCGACCCAUCUCUGGUCAAACUCCAAGUGCAGCGUUGGUUCAGAGAGGCCUGAUCACCCGAAACAAGACCAUGUCUGACCUGAAUGAUCUGGCACAGUACCCAGCUACAGGGCCCCGCGUGCCACUUCUCAGGCCAGCGGAAAGAAGGGACACCGUCAAAAGGUCAUUAAGUACCGGCCGUCUCUCAGAUAAGCUGCUGAAGGCUGUGUUUGGACAUCAGUUUGACACGGGCAGCUGUGAGAGCUUAAAUUCAGAGAAACCCAUGGACACAACAGCACCCCCUGGUGUCAGUGAUGGCUCAGGCAGCCCUGCUGGAGUUGUGUUCAUGCUGGGCUCUCCUGAAUAUGGACACACACCUCCUCACGCCACUCGACCUAGACGCUUCUCAGUGGGCACUCCUAGCCCAACAAGCCCUGGCUGGACCUACGGUCAUUUGCACGAGGCUUACAGCUCACCUGAUAGUCUGCGAUAUGGUUACACAGAUGCCAUGGCAAAAAACCUAUGUGAGGGUGUGGCCUUUGUGCCACCUGAACUGCCAGAGGAGACACUCAUGGAGGAGGGGCAUACAGACUUGCUGAGCCAACUGCGCUUUAUUUUAGCCUUUGCCCACUGCAUCACAGAGGUCGCUGGAACAAAGGACAGUGGGAUUGAAAGGAAUAUGGCACUUGAUGCUUCAUUCUUAGAGCAGAGCAUGGUGGCCGACCAAAUCAGCCUGCUGAGCCGUGAGUGGAGCUCUGCAGAGCAGCUGGUCCUCUAUAUGAAGUGUGCUGAGCUGCUGUCCUCUGCACUUCACACAGCGAUGGCUGGGAUCAAAGAAGGCAAACUCUACCCAUCAGGAUCUGUUAAACAAGUAGUACGUAAGCUGAACGAGAUGUAUAAGAAGAGUGUGAACUCCUGCCGUUCUCUCACUGAGAAACUCCAGCUCUUCUUCAGCAGCAAACAAAGACUGAUGGACCGCAUCAACAGCAUUACUGCCGAGAGACUCAUCUACACACACACCAUUCAGAUGGUACAGACAGCAGCACUGGACGAGAUGUUUCAUCACGGAGAAACCUGUGUAGAGCGAUACCAUAAGGCCUUACUGCUGAUGGAGGGUCUGUCCUUAAUUAUUACAGAGACUGCAGAUCUAAACAAUAUCAACAAAUGUAAACAGUGUAUUGAGCGGCGGCUCUCCUCCCUCCAGCCCAAAGGAUGUGUGUGAUAAACCCUCGUUGUUUUUGCUCUGCAUCAAACCCACAACAUCUACAUCUCAUUUCAUCCCAGUUGACAUUUGAAAUUCUGUAAGAGAAAAAAUCACACUCACCCACUCAUUAAAAAUGUGAUACUUGGCUUCCAAAGCCAAAAAAAAAGGUGAGAAAAGACUUUUCAUAAUAGACAGAGAUGAAAUCUCUAUUGAUAUAUGUAUAUAUAAACAAAAGCAACAUCUGCAGACUUAAACAUCUGUUUUGUUCACAAUAGAUGUUUAAAUGCUUUGACCUCUGAAUCUACACCAAUGCAUGAUGGCACUUACAAUGUUAAAGCCAGUGUUGGAGUCUGAAUGAGUAACAGCUUGGAUGCUUUUCAUUCUGUCGUACUAAAACAUGCCUGUAGCAUUAGUCUCAUGAAGUUACAUGGAAUGAUUCUGUUUUUGAUGGACUUAUUCUGCAUGUUUUUGCAUGAUUCUGAGGAAAUUAUCUGCUGUAUCUGAAGGGAAUUCAUAAUAAUGACUAAUAAUUAAACCUCUGUGGGCACCAGACCGUUGUUAAAAUAGCAGCCGGUGGUGGAUGUGUAGUAUUCAGUGUUACAUCUGUAAGGCUCUAAUGUGGCAAUUGACCAAAAUUGUGGCAAACCUUUGUAGACCUACUGAUAAAGACUGUCUUUGUGCUGUCAUAUGAGGUUGGAAAAAAAUACUUGAGACUUGUAUUAUAUUGACAAUCAUACUGUUAUACUUGUGUGUGUGAUAAAGUGAAGCACUUUAUAAACCCUUUUGCCUUCUAGAUGCCUGAAAAGAACCACUGCAGAGACAAGCCUAAUGGCUCAUUUCGGGUUAAUUAACACCUGAAAGUCAAAUGAAAUGCAAUACAAAGACAGUAUCUUGAGUGUAGCAUUUUAUAUUUAUCUGUUUUAGCUGUCUGUCUGAAAGUGGUGUUUUAGUUUUCAGUUUGCUUUAGAAUCUAUUGCAAGUAAAUGACUUUUGCAGAGCUUGCUGGGAUGACUAGGUCUUUAGCUUUUAUAGUGAUUUGAUAGUGCCUUAAAUGACCUAGCAUGUUUAAUCUCACUGGACACUCAGAGACUUACAAUCUGUUAUACUUCCAGCGUUUCUUGUCAUAUUCAUUUCUUGCACUAUUUUUGCAUUUUCCAAUGGCAAUAACUCUAAAGGUGUUUUUAACUUGAAUGCUAAGAAGUUUCAUAUCAACGUUUUUUAAGGCAUUUAGUCAGUUUUGUAGAAUUAUUGUGAUGAAUGUGCACACAUUUUUUUUAGAAUAAUAGUUCUGUUAAAUUGAGGACAAUUAACUAUUUUGUAUAUGUUGUUGUUGUUACAGUAUUUGUGUUUUCUGGUGUUUUUGUCUUUUUAUUUCCAUUCACAAAGCCGAAAUGCAAAAUAUGUGCAGAAUGCAUGUGGUAUGGUUUUGUGUAAUUGAAUAAAUUUCACUUUUAUAUUUA